UCCUUUUCUGUUCGUGGUGAUUUUAUUCCAUAUUAUACGAUAACACCACCACCUAACAGGCCAUUACAUAUGAAAUGUGUGAUUCCCUGCGAUCAUUUUAAUCUUCCUUUGUGUGUGUGUGUGUGUGUGUGUGUGUGUGUGUGUGUGCCCUCUGCGACCCUACAAGUAUUUCUGGCGGCCUGCUCUGUGACUUUUCCGCAUCUCCUGUUAGUCCUCACCGGCUCGGGUCGAUGAAAAGAAAACACUGUGUUUAAGUGAACUAAAAUAAGUGUAUCUGCUUGUGUGUUUGUGUUGGGUUAGGUACCGGGGGCAUUAAGGGGACGUAGCCGCGGAAGCACUUUUUUUUCUUUGUAUAUUUAAUUUGAAAUGGGCCAAAUAGUGUGAGUCUGACGUCACAUCACUAAUUGAUCCCAACUCAGCCAAUUACUGAUAAAAAUUCAGAAGCAGAGGUAUAAUUUAUUGCGUAAGGGGAAGAUUUGAUCUGAAGAUAAAGGACAUUUUAAGCCUGAGGCCGGUGCAGCUCACACAAAAUUGAACAAACAAAACCAAAAGCUUCUAAUGCUACAGAGGUUGUUUUACAGGGGUUAUUUUAAUUUAUAUUGGCCUUACGCAGAAUAUACCAUGUCAUUCACCUGCAUUAUAAAAUGGGAUAACCCAGAAAGAAAGAAAGAAAGAUUACUCAAUUUUAUUUUAGAUUCUUUUAAAAUGUAAUUUUAAUGAGUGUAGGAACAUUAGUUACCAUAAGUGUAAUUGAAUUGUACUGGAUUACCACAGAAACAUAGGACAGGGUGCAAAAACUGAUUAUUAUGGUUUAUUAAAUUUAGCAAUAAAGGUAUCCUGUAUACAGAUAAAUAGUUUCAUCAAAAACGUGCGUGUGCUGCAAUAAUGUUCUUGUAUUAACACUCUUCAACCCACAUACCUUUAGCGCAGCUUCUGCGCUCUGUGCGCUCACGGGGAGUCUGCUUUCACAUGCAGUUGCAUCACCUCGCUUGAUUUCCUUGUUCUCCCUUCGCUUUUAAAGUCCAUCAUUAACGGGAUUAAACAGCUGAGAUUUUGGAGAGAUGGAACUGGAGGGUUUGAGGCGAUGUUUCCCGGUCUCCUCGCCUGAUUGGACCGGGGAAAGAUGAUGUCAGACGACCGCAUGCGUCCCGGAUUGGAGAGAGCGGAGUAAACAAAGCCGCGAGGAGGAGGAGGAGGAGAGGUCUCCACAUCUCAAGACAGUCCGAGCGACACGCCGAAUCCGACUUUACGCACAAGAGAGGGCGGCCCCGGCGGCGCGUACUCGUCUGGUAAAGGCUGAAAGUUAUUGGGUCCGACUUUAUUGGGUGACGCGCAAAAAAAGACUUUGGGAAAAGGCAAAAGGAAACUUAUCAUCGUCUUUUAAUCCGGACGCUGUGCAGUUGUGUCAGUUCAGUAAGAGAUUGAUUCCCAACUCAGCACGCAGCUUCCCUUAAUAAGUACCGAAGGGAUCUCUCGUCUGUGCUUUGCUUUAUUAUUGUGUUUUUUGCACAAAAGCAAUUUUGUAAAUUAAAUUUGAAGUUGAAUCAGGGCAGAUACACACCGCCAAUACAACCCGGCUGUUUGGAGACAGUGUGAAUCGUGCGAAUCACGCUCUAUAUUCAUAGCAUGGUAAGAUAAUUGGAGGACAGAGAGCGAGAGAGAGAGAGAGGGAGAGAGAGAGAGGGAGAAAGACAGAAAGUAAGAAAUAGACAGCUAAAACGACACUUGGGACAAUUUGAGCUGUGUUUGUGGGAACGUCUGCCUCUCACGUCCAGGUGUCCCGCCGAGCGGUGCGGAGUCUCCAGCUCAGGCCGGCAGCGCUGACAUGCUGCCCAAAGUCGAGACUGAAUCCCUGGGACUCUCUCGAUCGUAUGGCGAACAAAGGCACAUGCCAAGAAACAUGCAAGCCCCCCAGUUAAAAAUGAUGGACUACUCUUAUGACGAAGACUUGGACGAGAUGUGUCCGGUGUGCGGAGACAAGGUUUCAGGGUAUCACUACGGACUCCUGACAUGCGAGAGUUGCAAGGGCUUCUUCAAGCGCACCGUCCAGAACAACAAGCGCUACACAUGCAUAGAGAACCAGAGCUGCCAGAUUGACAAGACCCAGAGGAAGCGCUGCCCAUACUGCCGCUUCCAAAAGUGCCUCACCGUCGGCAUGAAGCUAGAAGCUGUACGGGCGGAUCGCAUGCGUGGCGGUCGCAACAAGUUCGGCCCAAUGUACAAACGUGACCGGGCCCUUAAACAACAAAAGAAGGCACUGAUCCGAGCAAACGGCCUAAAGAUUGAGGCCAUGACCCAGGUGAUGCAAGCCGUGCCCACCGACCUCACCAUCUCAUCAGCUAUCCAGAACAUCCACUCAGCUGCCUCCAAGGGCCUUCCACUGAGCCACCAUGCUGGCCACCACCCUGGUCACCAUCACCACCACCAUCAUCAUCAUCAUGCCACCGCCCUUCCCCCCACAGACUAUGACCGCAGCCCGUUCGUCACUUCACCUGUCAGCAUGGCAAUGCCGCCACAUGCUGGCAGCCUGCAGGGCUACCAGGCAGCCUACGGACACUUCCAGGGCACACGCACCAUCAAGUCUGAGUACCCAGACCCAUACACUAGCUCGCCGGAGUCCAUUAUGGGCUACGCCUACGUUGAUGCCUACCAGUCAGGCUCGCCACCCAGCUUCCCCCACCUGAUCGUAGAGCUGCUCAAGUGUGAGCCGGAUGAGCCACAAGUUCAGGCCAAGAUCCUGGCCUAUCUGCAGCAGGAGCAGGCCAGCCGGGGAAAGCACGAGAAGCUCAACACCUUCGGUCUCAUGUGCAAGAUGGCUGACCAGACACUCUUCUCCAUCGUGGAGUGGGCACGCAGCAGCAUCUUCUUCCGUGAAUUGAAGGUGGACGACCAGAUGAAGCUUCUGCAGAACUGUUGGAGUGAACUUCUCAUUCUCGACCAUGUCUUCCGGCAGGUGGUACAUGCCAAGGAGGGCUCCAUCUUAUUGGUCACAGGCCAGCAGGUGGACUAUGCAGUGAUUGCAUCACAGGCAGGAGCCACCCUCAACAACCUGUUGAGCCACGCCCAGGAGCUGGUUGCCAAACUACGCUCCCUGCAGCUGGACCAACGGGAGUUUGUCUGCCUCAAGUUCCUGGUCCUCUUCAGCUUGGAUGUGAAGAACCUGGAGAACUUCCAUUUGGUAGAAAGCGUCCAGGAGCAGGUCAACGCAGCACUGCUGGACUACGUCAUGUGUAACUACCCGCAGCAAACGGACAAGUUUGGCCAGCUGCUCCUCCGGCUGCCUGAGAUUCGAGCCAUCAGCUUGCAGGCCGAAGAAUACCUUUACUAUAAACACCUGAAUGGCGACGUGCCCUGCAACAACCUGCUCAUCGAAAUGCUACAUGCCAAGAGAGCCUAGGAGGGGGACUGCGCUACCCACAAUGCAGCUGUAUGGACACCUUAAGAGGUUUUGCUGUGGCCCAAAAACUCCCAAAUAAUGCUUUUACCAAACUCAACCUCCAGCCCAGACAUGACUGUGCCAUGAUGUGGAGGGUGGAGAAUGGAGAAUGUUGGCAACUCUUGUUUAUAUUCAGCUCAUUUUGAUCUUUCAAUUUACCACUUGAAAUAGUGAUUUGGACAAACACACCUGCACAUGUGCAUACACAUAAACAGCAUAUGGAUCCCUUUAUUCCGGAAAAAAAUAAAGAGUCUGAAAGAAGAGCCGCUCCUCCUCAACCACACAGAAAAAGACAAUAUUUAAAAGGACAAAAAAGAAAAACACUUGAAACAAACACUGCAUUUGACUCUAUGAGAUGGUAUCUAAUCGUCUGCACGAGCACAGACUAUCAAGAUUAGCAGGCUGCAGCUUACAGAGGUAACAACCCUUCAGUGUUUUAGUGCUGGUGACACUGUUAGAGGCUUUCUGUGCUGAGAAAGGAAGCUGUGUGACACCGCAAAUCUUUCAGACAGCUUUGUGACAAGAGCGGUGGUUUGUUUCGGUCGACGAUCCUCCGGUGUGCUCACGGACCUCACUGAGACGGGCUUUUAGGCUGUCGUUGGUACUGUGAAGACAAACAGACAUGCCAGGCUAGAGACUCUUACCUGCCAUCAUGUCUGUUUUUUGAACUCACACGAGACGCCUGCCACGGCAGCUUGACCUGACUGAAAAGGGAGAACUGAUGGAUAAAAAAACAAUGGUCUAAAAAGAAAUGUCCUUUCAUGAACAAAAUGAUAAAUAGGCCAGUAAGAAGAAAAAUGAGAUGUUUUUGUUCUCUUGUAAUGGACGUCAUUUACUCCUCGUGGUCACCUUGUGGUUCCCCUUUCUUAUUUCACAUCUCCGAAUCAUCUUAAACUAUGUACCUCAGAAAGACCAGUGUUAAAUAAAUUCAAUUAAUAAUGUCGGCUGAAACAAUUGUAUUUAUAGCCAUUUUUUUCUGCAAAAAACACACCCUCCCUUUUAUUAUUUCAUCAAAACUGGAACAAAACAAAGCGUUAUUCUGGAGACGCAGAAGGAUUUAAUCUGCCUUUGUCCUGGAAAGACCAAAGCCUGCUGCAGAACAGAAGAAGGAAAUUACAAAAAACCCUUUAUAAUCAGUAUUAUAACAGAAGAAAAAAAAAAAGAUUUGUGAUGUCACAGUUAUGUGAGUCUUGCCUUAUUUCAUUACCAUGCUAGCUAAACCGUGCAGAUGUGAAUGAAAAUAUGUACAAAUAUAUAUAUAAAGUAUUAAUGUUGUAAAAAUUUAAAAAAAGAAUAAUUCAACAGGUGUUUACAUUCAUGUGGUCAUAUGGGAGAGAACUGUGAUGAAGCAUAAAUUGCAAAGCAAUGAUUUCCUAAAAAAUGAAAUCGAUGAAAUGAAAAAAAAAAGA